GUUCCUAGUGACAUUUGAUUGUCAUUUUUCUCGUCCAAUGAUUUGAACAAUUCAUGUGAAAAUUAAUAGUUUCGUGAUUUAUUACCUUUAUUAAUAUCAUUAUUGAGAUCUACUACCAAUAUGUCAGUAGAAAAUUCACCAGUAAAGCCUUCCAGGUCUCCCAGCGUCGCAGAAACUUUAGAGAUCUUCGAAAACCAGGAUACGUUGUUAAAACAUGUUGACAUAUCAAUAGUGGAGUCUGAGAAGCGAGCCAACGGCACUCUUCAUGUACGUGAUCAUUAUACAGUGUAUCUAAUCGAUCUCAAGGUAACAGACCUGGAAUAUAAACUAGUCCAAUCCAAGAUCAGCACAAUAUGGAGAAGAUAUACUGAGUUUGAACAAAUACAUGAUUAUCUUCUAGUCACUUACCCACAUGUAGUUAUCCCUCCACUACCAGAAAAAAGAGUGCUUUAUGCAUGGAGAAAAUCAGAUACCACAGACCCUGAAUUUGUGGAGCGCAGAAGAGCCGGUCUAGAGAACUUCUUGCUUCGUGUUGCUUCACAUCCACGUCUUUGCUUCGAUGAUCAAUUCAUAAACUUCCUGCAGCAAGAACAUGGCUGGCGGGAAACUAUUACAGACAGUGGUUACAAAUUACAAGCUGAAAAUAAAAUUAAAUCACUAUCAGUAUCCAUCAGGCUAAAGAAACCAGAUCCAGAGAUUGAAAGUGUUAAGAAUUAUGGAAAACAAUUAGAAACCAACUUAGGAAAUUUUCUAUAUACAAGAUCUAAGAUAAUGGAGAAGAACUAUGCAUUAUGCAAACUUCACGCAAACUAUGGUAAACUAUUCAGUGAAUGGAGUGUCAUAGAGAAAGAGAUGGGUGAUGGGCUACAAAAAGCAGGCCACUAUUUUGAUUCUAUAGCUGACAGCAUAGACUCAGUGGCAGAAGACGAGGAACAGCUGGCAGAUCAGCUCAAAGAAUACUUGUUCUACGCGAGCGCGCUGCAGCAGCUGUGCUCCAACCACGAGGGAUUGCAACGAGCGCUGGAAAACGCACACGAUACUCUCAACAACAGAAUAGCCGAGCGUAACCGUGCCGCGGCUGGAAAAUCCGGCAUCAUGUCCCGGAUAUUCGGCACCACCGACCCGGAUAUUGUUCGGGACCAAACUACACGUGCUCUCGAUGCGAAAAUACUCGCCGAUAAGGAGGCAAUAGAGAAGGCGCGUAAUGAUCUCGAUGAGUUCACCAAGCAGGCAUCUGUAGAAAUCGAACAUUUCCAAAAGCAAAAGGAUAAGGAUUUGCAUGAAUCUCUAGUCAGCUUCAUCACGUUACAAGUCAAAGCAGCGAAAAAGAACCUCCAGGCAUGGUCUCAGAUUAGGGAAUGCCUCCAGAAUAUGCCCUGAACAUAACCAGCAAGAAGUCAUUUCACACCAAAUGUACCUACAUACUUGGUGACAGCAAACGUGCGUUUACCAACGUCUUUCUAUGGCACUUUAUAAAUUCGUAGAAUUUUCUAGUUUGAUAUUUCUAUGGGACCGGUAAAUUAGCGUGGCUGCUUUAACGCCUCGUAUUUAUUCAUCCUUCAAAGACAAACAUAGAUAUUUUCAGAAACCACAUUUUUUCAGGAAUCCUUCUAUUUCUAUAAAUUUUCUAUGAAAUAUCUUUAAAGAUAGUGUGUAUAUGAAAUUUUUAAUGUUAAUCUAACUUUGUCAUCGUUUUGUGUUCCCAUCAGAUUGCUUUCCUAACAUGCCGAGAUUAGGUACUUAAAUAUAUACAAUAGGGAUGAUUACUAAUGUCGCAAUUACAUUUGGUCGUUAGCCCGUAUUCGGGUGAACGAAAGACAUUACUCGCGACUACACACGCUGUCGGACCGCACCUUUACAGUGGCCAAUUUAAAGAUGGCUUGAGAGUUGAAAUUAGAUAACUCCCUUCCAGCUAUUUACUAUAUAUUCAAUGAAUAUUUACUCUCAAACAAAAUACGAGUAUAUAUUAUCUUCUCUAAUAUAGUUAACCUUUAAUACUAACACUUUUCUUAAUACCUAUGUGCAGUCCUAGAGGUAUACUUUAUUAAUUUAGAAGACCGAAGUUCGAAGAUAAAUCACUCUUAGACUGCACUAGUCACUUACCCUUUAUUAAUAAACGAAGAAUAAGCUUGGAUUAGUCACUAUGUUAAAUCCUAGGUUCUUGUACUUGCACAAAGCCCUUCCACAGCAUAAGCAGAGUUUAAAACAAUAAACAAGCCCUCACCGAACAAACCUAGACAAGAAAUUUUGGACACAAACACCAGAUAUUGGCCAAAUCCUGAGGGAGCCAUCACUGAAGAAAUCUUAUCUAUUUAGUCUCUUUUCAUUGAAUUACAAAUGGCACUUGAGUGAUAUGAACUAAACACGGUGUAAGUAGAAAAGCUUAUUACCUGUUUAUUAAGAUACGGGGGUUAGUUUUUAGUGCAGUGUAUUUCUUCGUAAACAAUUUAAAACCAAAUAAAUUAAACGACACGAAAUAGAAACUAUUCAUUUUAAAGUCUUUGUUACAAGUCGCGGCACGUAACUCUAGCGCUGAACAAAACGCGGAGGGUAUAGCUGCGCAUGGGUACGACUGGAAAGUAAAUCGGCGCAACGAUCCCCCACGACAACGGCUAACUAGAGCCGAGGUUCGAGUCUCAGAGACGCCCUCUAGUUGAGCCAAGCCCCUCAGGUUCAAGUGGUCUAGAGGCUCCAGACGGGGAGGAGACUCCCCGUGGGGAGAUGCCAUCCGCCUGGAAUACCUCUAGAGGCACUCGCCAAUUCUCGGCUUGAGGUCCCCUUAGGAUCUCGCCGUCCCCAAACCCGGUGACGCUGUAAAGGUCAUCUGCGACCAACAGCAAACACACUCAAAAAUAAAACGAGCGAGCCUUAUAGUAGUCGCGUAUGAUGUGUAACAUUUAAAACCUCACCUUAUAUUAGUAACAAAAAGAAAUAAAAUCUACUACAAAAGGAAUAAGCCAUUUGAACAUUAUGUUCUAAAAUCAAAUCAAAUAGCGCGCGAUUUCCUCUUUCCUCCAUUUCACGAAAUCACUCCCACAAAUUGCAGGAAAGCGAGAGGAAAGAUGUUACACAUAAAAAAGGCUCUACGCCACCCCCCCCGCGCGCAUCUCGUUUCCCCCCAACACAUCUUAAUUUUUAUUUCUGCGCAAUAAUGGUCAGCGCUAGAGUUUCAUGCCGCUACUUAUACUCAUGAGUCAUGAGAGAUUUUUUUACAUUUACCAUAAUUCUAUUUACUUAACGUCUAUUAUAUUCUUUAUGGAAAUAAAAAAUAUAUGCUAUAUAAUACAAUUUAAAAGCAAUAAUAUACACAACAACACUAGAUACUGAGAUAAAAAAAAAAUAGUAACUAGCUAUUUUGUUUUUUAAAUUGCUGUUUAAGAUUGCGAUAUUUUUACUUUAAGUAAAUAUAAAAUUAGCGAGAGUAGUUAGUCUACACUUCAAAAAUUCUUAAAACACUAUUGUGUAUAUAUUAUUAGAAUAAAUUAAGCUAUUUUUAACCAAGAUAAUUUUUACUAUGUGCGAAAUUCAGAACUAAUAGGGAAGAUGCAAAUAUAAUAUUUAUGAAAAUUUUAUGAUUAAAAUGUUAAAAAAAUAUAAAAGAAAGGCCGCUGCAAGGUUUUUAUUUUACAUAAUGUUGUUUUUUAACAAUAAUUACAAAUUAAAAAUGACUUGAAAAAAAAUGUAUUUUAAAACACCAGCGUUUAGUGACGUCACUCCUGUUAUGACAACUUAUUAGAGGUUAUGGUUGUAAAAGUAAAUAUUAUUUUAUGGGAAUAUUAAUUGCGGUUUUAAUAAAAAUGGAAGUUGGGUUUAUCAAAGCAGACUCCAGGAAUUUACGAAGAGUUAGUGUUGACAUGGUUGUAACUAUUUUGGUCCAAAGUGUAGAAAUGAAAGGGACUAAAUUACUACGGUAAGUUUAAAUCAUAGUUGUAAAACUUUGUUUUUAUAUCUGCGGCUUCUACACAUAGCAGUUAUUUAUUACAACAAGAGAAUCUUACGGCGAUAACGCAAUCGGCUAUGUCCAAAUUAAAAGAGAUGGAGAAUUAUGUACAAUAAAAAGUCGAGUUACUCCGGAGCAUAUAGUAAGUCAAGAAGGUUAUCGUGUUAUAGUUAUUUUAAAUGAAACGCAAAGCUUGGUUCAGUCCUGCCAAUGUGAAGAUUGUGCCACACAUUUAUACUUUAUCCAAUGUUCGACGUCAUUCUCCAACUGUAAAAUUAAAAAUAUGUUAUAGACCGGUUUUGUAAGUAUUAGGUAGGUUACUAACGCGUUUUUACGUACAAGUAGAUUAAUUAAGCAUGUAACAAGUAUAUUCGCCGAUUUACGUCAAAGUGAUCUUCACAGCAUCGAAUAAUGGUCUUUGGAAAAUAAUUGUCAUUUCUCUUCGCAGCUUGAAACCACUUUUUUCUCAGUUUUGGGUCAAUUAAAUUAAUUCAAUCAAAAGUCAAAAACAAUUUAUUUGGAAACUUUGUUGAAGUAGAUGGACACAUUUCCACAAAACAUGAGUCUACACGGCUUUUUUUCGGAAUAUUAGUGGUAUUGUUAUGAUCACCUGAUGUUGAUAGAUAGUCCUUUUUAAUUUUUACAAAAAAAUAUCUCGAAGAUUGAAAAAAUAUGCAAAAUAUGAAAGCCAGCGACGAACAAGUACGACCAGUGACAGACAGGAGUGACGUCAUCGGAGCCAUAGGUCUGUUUUCCCUGCGAAAAUUUAAACUGUCAAUUUGAAACCGCAUUUUUCCGAUAAAAUAACAAUGUUUUAAUUUUUUAAUAUGUCUGUGGUUUAUUCUCCAUGGAAUUCUUUAAAAUGAAAACAAAAAUAUUGCAUCUUCCCUAUUAUGAAUCGCGCAUUUUUUUAACAUAAUUUUCAAAUCCUAAAUACUGCUUUAUUUUAUUAAGCAAUAUUUAAUUGUUAUAUUAAUCUUUAUGAGUACUUUCCAUUGAGUUUAAAUUGUACUUGAGCUAGAAACCUUAAUAAAGACUACUUAGUUUAUUUAAAUGGGAAGAAUAUCGCACUUCUGUGUAUAUUCUAUUCUGUUUCUGUAUAUUAAUUUAUUAUUGUAUAAUUUCAUAUAAUUCUUUUUGAAUGUAAAUAAAAGACAUUGUGCCUGCCAGUUUUAAGUCGUAUUUUUAUAAAUUAUUAUCUGUAUAUUAGCUAAACAUUGCAUAACUUAGCAGUAAGUAGUAGGUAUAUAACUUAAAUUAUAAUUACCAGUAAAUUUAAUAUAAUUUAUUUUGAUUAUUUCUAAAUAAAUGCUUCUGUUUUGUGGAUUACCAAAAAAAAUCUAUUAAAUUUUUGUUUUGUACUCACAAUUGAACUCGUAUUCAAACAGCAGCGUGUAAACUCAGAACCGCUGACAACCUAUUUUAUUUCUAUCGUGUUAAGUUAUAGUUAAAGUGUAACAUUACUGCAGCGGCCAGCAAAAGAGGCAUUGAUGGACGAACGUGAAAAUGUGGGCCGAGGCGAUGCCGAGGCACACAUGCGUACGUCCAUCAAUGCCUAGUUGUGGCCAAGCCUUAUAUAGUACUUUUCUCAAAUAAUGCGCUGAAGUUAAAACUAAGUAUAACUAAAGGUACAUAUGCAGAACUUAUCCUUUUUACAAUGUGAAGAACAACAACACAUUUAUUUGUUUCUUUUUUCAAAACUCCGCUUUCUAUUUGCAAGUCAGUUCGAAAUUUAAAUACAAGUCUUGAUAAGUUACCUCCUUGUUUAGGUACCUUUUUAAAAUUACAUUUUACAAUUUUUUAAUAAUGAAAUUCUUUGCUUCUGUAAAUUUGAAUUGUUUCAACGAUAUCACCGGAACGUUUUUGCUGAAUUUAUUAUUUUAACGGUUUGUUAGGAGUUUACUAUGUAAUUUAUUUGGCCGCAAAACACGACUGGGAUACUCUCUCCGGCCGCUGCGCACAUGUAUUGCUAUUACAGCAAUUCGAUUUAUCUCGAAGAAGGUUGCCAAAAUAAUGCUCACAUUUCCAAGCAUGUUUAAGAAAAAAAAAAUAUUAUUCCACUUAUCUACUUGAAAAUCUUAUACCAUAUCAUGUUACGUGUAAAUCUGAACUCUGUAGCUAGUAACAAUAAGAUUCACUAUUGUUUCACUUAAUAAAUAGUCAGUAAAUUUAUACGUAAGUAUUCAUAUAUUUAAACUAUUAAUUAAUGAAUCCGCAUGUACGUAUUUAUUGAUUUUAUUGUUGUUUUAAGCAUGGACGUAUAAAAAAAGGGGGACAGAGUUUCGGCUAAGACAAUACUGAGGCACCGUAAUGGCGGCGGCUAUUGAUGAGUGAGUGAAUUGUAGGGUUGCUAGGUUAGCCAAUUUUUUACCAAUAAAACACAGUAAAUACAUGAAAAUAUUUUGAUUGCUCAAAAUUUUACUUUUUGCCCGACUGCGGAGGAUAAUGUUUUUCGAGCGUAUGUAUGCAUGUAUGUAUGUAUGUCCAAUAAUUUGGCACGCCCUACAGCCUGAACGUCUUGACGGAGUUUGACAUGCGAGGUGUCAUUUGAUUUCUCGUGAUUGUGUGAGUGGCACUCGGUAUAUUAAAAUUUCAAAAAAUCAAAAUAACAGAUUUUAUGCUCAAAAUGAAACAUUUUGAAAAAAAAGUAUAAGUAUUUUUAUAACCCGUCAAGCGAGGUAUCAAAGUGAAGGGUUUUAAAAGAAUAUUUAGAAAAUAUACAACUCGUGUAAUUAAAAAAUAAUGAAAUUAAAAUGUCGAAAAUAAAAUAAAAAUAUACUAAAAAGAAAAAAACAAGUCCAGUAGUCUAGAAUUCUGUUUAAUAAGGAACAAAGUUACUUUAAUAGUCGGUACUCAUUAGAAAUUCUAGAAUGUAUCGAAUUUUCUCAAUAUUGGGUAAAUCAACUAAAUAUAGAUGGCCUAGUCUGCAUUCUCUUUCAUAUUUCUUAAAACAAACUAACACCCAUUGAGUACUGUUUGUAAUUGAGGAGUUCCAUUGUUUUCCUCCGAAAGUACUCAUCAGAUCUCCAGUAAAUUAAUAUGCAGCCAUCUCGCUAGUAAACUGAUUAAAACAAAAAAAGAAUCAUCAUAAACGGUUCACGAAUCUCGGAGAUCUGCGCGAACAACAAUAAAAAAAACAAAUAUGACGGAUUGCGAACCUCUUUCUUUUCGAAGUCGGUUAAAAAAUUUAAUCAACCUUUUGAGGUAAUGCAUACGUAAUAACACGCCGGAGUCCUCCUUUAGUUGUAUAUAAGCCUUGAGCUUCAAAAUGAAGACUAAAAAUGACACUACUACAUAUUUGUUUGGAAAUCAUUCAUUUUCCAGUAAUUUCUCCAUACUACAUUUUCUUUAGGAAAUCUGAUAAAAAAGAAUAAUAAAUAAUAGAUUGAAAUUAAUGUCAACCCAACUUCCCAUAUUUUAGGUAAUAUGGUUACAUGAACAUUGGCAACACUGGGCUUCAGCCUAAUCAUUUUGUCCUUAGAAUUAAAAUUUAUUUCGAUUUCUAAAAACUAGAAAAAAGUGAUUCAAUUAUUCAUUUACCUAUGAAACGUGAUUCCUGGAUUUUUUUUCUUUCGGUCACUACGGUUUUUACACCUUUUUACAAGCAAGAUAUCUUGUUUAGCUUAUUUUUUAUCUCCACGAAACGUGUCGGCUGCUUUGACGUUUGCACGCGUAGUGGCUGACUAUUGUGUGAAUGUAUGCGUGCCGGCUUGUACGUACAGCGACUUGGCCGACUCUGAGCGACAGUUUAUUGUUUACCGGGACUCUGUCCGCCUUUUUUUAUAAGUCCAUGGUUUUAAGUAUAAGAUACGCUAACACGGUGCAAUGCUCGCUACCGGUUUUUAAAUUUAACGAGCGAAAGUUCGAGAAAACGCAACAGUCUAGAAAUUCGGUUAAUUAUUUUUAUUAAAUGUAAACUCAAUAGGAAAAGCCACCCAUAGCUUUAUUUCAACGGCAUAGAGUGUAAAUUUGUAGAAUAAAUUCUGUCAGCUUUCCUAUCUGAGACUUUAAAGAAACCAGUAAUUUGUAGUUUCAAUAAAACAUUGAUACUUAUUUUGUAUUCAAGUAUGAUUUAUUUUUCAUUCCUAUGUUAUUAAGGGUUAGUAUUACGUAGUAGAGUGUAG